AAAGCGGAAUCUCCUUCUCCUAGCGUAAAGCAGACGUUACCAACAAUAGAGCCAUCGGCCUCCAAGCCGGCGCCAGUGGGCGGCGCUUCCGCUUCAGCUUCCGCUUCCGCUUCCCCAGGUAAUCGCGAACCCUAAGCUUUCUGCCUAUGGCGACGAAAGGUAGCAGAGGAGACGCCGAAGACGACGAUGUCACCGUCCUUUCGGCGGAGGAGGCUUGUGAGGCCCUGGCCUCCGUUGGGAGCGUCAAGCGCCGGAAACUUGCCUCUUCCUCCGACGUUUCUGACGCUGGCGGCCUGGCCGCCGAUGAGGGAGCACACAAGGUCGCGCUUUGCCGCCAGCCCGGUAAAAGUCCUUUCUCCAGGUGCGGCCUGGGAAGACACCGGGACGGUGAUUGCGAUGUCGGAAUCGAAGAGGAGGUGGGAGGAGGAUCGGCUCCAGUGAUCACAGAGGACGGCAACGUGCCGGACUUGGCGUGCCCUUGUGAAUCCGGGAAAUGUUUGGUUCUCACUUCGAACACGGCUAAGAACCCUGGCCGGAAGUUCUAUUCUUGUCCUCUAGCACCGAAUAAUGGUGGCUGCUACUUCUUCAAGUGGUGCGAUCAACCAAACCCGGGACUAGCCCCUUCUCAAAAGGUCUCGAACAAGUAUUCUACACCAGUAUUUAAGGGAAAGAGUUGUGAUCUCUUCAAAUGGCUCUGUGAUCGGGCAGCUCAACAUUCACUUACUGUUAUAGAUCAAGAGACUAGCAAGGAGCUUAGCAAGAACUCGAGCACCCGACAGUGUAACGAGAGAGACAACUCACGUUGCUAUAGGUGUGGAGAGGAAGGUCACUGGCACCGGGAUUGCCCCAACCGCUUGCCAUCUUCAUCUGAUUCCUCUGAAAACACAACUGGAAAGCCUCCUGCUUCCACUUCCUCAAAUUCGUGCUUCAGAUGCGGAGAAGACGGCCACUGGGCCAGGGAUUGCCCUAAGAAGCUGUCUUCCUCAUCGACUGAUGCCUCUGUUGGAACAGGAAAGAAGUCUUCUGGCUCGAACAAGUGCUUCAAGUGCUGCAAGCUUGGCCAUUGGGCUCGAGAAUGCCCCAACUUACAAAAAGGAUAAACUUUUGCUAUUUUGGUGGUUGUAUAUACACACAUUUUGUGUAGUGAAAUAGGUUUGCUAGUGAAGAACAAGUCUGAAGAACAACUAAGAACAGCAUUUGUUGUCUUCAUUUUGAUCUGUGAGCCCUUCUCUUCGGAACUCACGCAUGUAUAUAAGUUUAAUCGGCUAACCACCUGUUUGGGGAUUAAUGUUAAUUGCUUGUGUUUUGAUACGAUGAAUAAAUAAAUAAAUUAUUGAUCUAUUUUUGGCAUU